AUGGCCGUGCAAAACAUUCAUCUCGGCUGGGCAGCUAAAAACGUCCCAGACAGCGGCCUUGAAGAUAUCACGUUUCCUAUGGCCAUGCCGAAUGCGCCACACGAAGAGGGCUAUUAUUUCGAGCAAGCUAUUGCAUUCGAAAAUACCCCGAAAGGAAUGGAUCCAAAUUUAGUUAUCUAUACUGGUUUACAGCCUAGACCAGAUAGGAACGGGAAAAGUAUCGUUCAUGCCGCUUUCUCCAGCUUCUUUCCCGGCACUACUACUUCUGACAGCAACUGCUACGACACUGCUGACGGCGGACCCGGUGUUUCCUGCGCAAUUGAUGUGCAAUCAAGUUACGAUGACACAUUUCAUUUACAUAUUAAAGUCGCCAAUCAAACAUCCUACGUUGGUACGCUUAUCAACCAUAGUUCUGGUCAACGUUGGCCUAUGGGGUCCUUUGAUCUACCAACUGGUGUUAGCGGCAUGAAGGGGGGGAAUUGGGUAGGGUUUAUGGAGUACUAUCUGACUACGAUAGACGACUGUUCGAAAUACCCUGACACAGCAGCAAUUUUCGGCAGUCCAUUUACUUCAACGACCGGGGUAAAUAUGAGCUUGACUGAUCCGUUCAAGGACCAGGCGUGCGAUGACACAAUGCCCUGGCAUGUCACUGAAGUCGCUCAAGGGACAUUGGAAAUCACUAUCGGCAAGAAUACUACCACAAGCAAAAGGCCUAUAUCUACCACAGCUACCAAAGCGGGCACAUCCAGCACAGUUGUCUGUGGCUCCCACUCUCCGAAGGAUGAACCGACACCGCACCCGGGCUGGGAUGGACCCGCACCGAACCCGGGCUGGGAUGGACCCGCACCGAACCCGGGAUGGGAUGGACCAGCACCGAACCCGGGAUGGGAUGGACCCGCACCGAACCAGGGCUGGGAUGGACCAGCCAGUUCUGAUGAGCCCAAUUAG